AUGGCUCAAGAGCAUUUACAGUUCCGCGGCGUCCUUCAGGGACAUACUGAUUGGGUUACCUCCAUCGCCACUACGUAUGAGGAUCCCAAGAUGGUCGUCUCCGGUUCUCGCGAUAAGAAGAUCAUGAUCUGGGAGCUCACCAACGACUCCGAGUCUGCUGGCUACCCUCGUCGUUCCCUUACUGGUCACAACCAGGCCGUCUCUGAUGUGACUCUGUCUUCUGAUGCCCAGUACUGCCUCUCUGGGUCUUGGGAUAAGACCUUGAGGCUUUGGGAUGUGUCCUCGGGUAAGACCGUCCAGACCUUCGUUGGCCACACUUCGGAUGUCUUCUCCGUCGCCUUCUCCCCCGAUAACAGGCAGAUCGUCUCUGCUGGCCGCGAUAAGUCUAUCAAGAUCUGGAACGCCAUGGGCGAGUGCCGUCACACCAUCGUUGAUGACCAACACACUGACUGGGUCUCUUGCGUCCGCUUCUCCCCCUCUGCCAAGCAGCCUCUGAUCGUCUCCUGCGGUUGGGAUAAGCUCGUGAAGGUAUGGUCUCUUGAUAACGGCAAGCUCCGUAUCAACCUCGCCGGCCACACUGGCGUCCUCAACAACGUGACCAUCUCCCCUGAUGGAUCCCUCUGCGCUUCCGGUGGUAAAGAUGGUGUUGCUAUGUU